AUGUCUCAUCUUAAUGGAUCAAAUAAAAUUGAUGUUGAGCAUAAUGUAAUUCAAAAACCAGGUUCCUCAUCAGUUCAAACUGACAUAACCCUAAAGGAGAAAGCAAAAAUUGCAUUACGAAUUAUAUUACUUGUACUUUUCACUAUCGAUAUACCAAUCUUCCUUUACGUUAAUCUUUCAAAUCAAAUAUGGAUUAUCUGGGCAUUAGUUAUAUCAAUUAUCCCACCGGUUAUUUCAAUAACCUUUAAUUUUAUUUUUCGUAAACAAUUUGAUGUUUUAGGAAUGCUUAGUAUAAUCGUAUUGGUUUCUACAAUUAUAUUGAAUUUAUUUAAUGUUCCAAAAUUUUAUUCAUUAGGAGCAUCAUUCGUAUUUGGUGUAGUCGGUUUGGUACUUGUUAUUACAUUAAUUCCAAUUAAGGUUGGAUCAUUUGAGAUGCGACCCUUUUUAUAUUAUUGUAGUAAAAAUUAUGGUAUAGGAAAUUAUGAAGGUUUAACAAAAGAUGAACCUUUUACUGAGCGUUGUGAAAGAUAUUGGAGAACUUAUGCAUCGUUCCGACGACCACUUAUUAUCGUAACGGCAGUUUGGGGAUUUGUAUUUCUUAUUGAAUUGCUAAUUCGUAUUAUCAUUGUUUACAACACAAAUGGGGUUGAUGUUAAUAAUAGAGCUUUUUUUUACGCAUUUCCUUUUUUAGGUGUAUCUACUGCCAUUUAUGUUAUAUGGGUACAUAGAAAACGAUUUAAAGAAAAGAUUUGUUUUGCCUAA